AUUCUGGAAAGAAAAAGAGAAAAAGGAUACAAAAAGUUUGGAAGUAUUCCAUACGCAAAACACAUCAAAUCAGUAACCUUCGGCUGCGACUAGUCUGUGUAGGCGGUGGGUGUGAGAGAGAUAGAGGGCUGUGUUCCAAAUUGGCAGCCACAGCCAUAGCCAUUUCUUUUCUCCUGUGGCUCCAGUUAUAUAAUAACCUUGGAUUGGCAACAGGGCAGCAGCACAGCAGCCAAUAUAUUUAAUUCGAUGUUGGAAGGGAAGGGCAGGGUGAAAGAAACCGACAUGUCGGAGAAGAUGCAGAUUCACGCCAUGGCCUCUGCAUCUCACGCCCUCGAUCUCUUCGACGUCUCCGAUUGCCUCUCCCUCGCCGCCCAUAUCAAAAAGGAAUUCGAUCGCACUUAUGGAGGUGGAUGGCAAUGCGUGGUGGGUUCCAAUUUCGGCUCUUUCUUCACCCAUUCCACCGCCACCUUCAUCUAUUUUGCCCUCGAAACUCUCAAUUUUCUCAUCUUUAAACCUCCUCCUUAAAUCUUGAACCUCAGCUUGUAAUAUGUGUAUCAUAUCAUCCUUUCCUUUACUUGGCGUUCUCUUCCUCCCUUCAUAAACUUCUCCUUGUAAUAAGAUUAUUGUUCAAUAUUAUCAUUGCUUUACACGAUU